GAUGGCAGCCGCCGCGUCAGGCUCUGCGGCCUCGGCCCCUCCUCCCACCCCUUCCCCCGGUGCGAGAACCGCCGGAGCCGCGGCAGGAGCACGGACGGAACCGCCGCUUCCCCGCGGAGAAGGCGGAAAGCGAGGGCAGAGCCAUGAAACCACCGCAGCGCGGCAGCGGCGCGCGGUGAGCGCUCCCCUAGAAAGCUUGUCCCCUCCUGGUGGCCGUACCGCCGUUCCCGCCUAAACGCGGCGGGCGUGGCGGCGGCGCCGGCCGUGAGGGGCCCCGCGGCCAUGAAGGCGCUGCGGCGGCUGAGCCGGCACCGCACCGCGCUGGGGCUCGGCGGGCUCUCGCUCUGCGCCGCCGUCCUGCUCUACCUCGCCAAGUGCACCUCCGAGGGGCUGCGCCCGCUGCCCGCGCCCCCCGCGCUCCCGCACGGCCAGCCCGGCCGGGGGGCCCGUGCCGCGCCCCCGGCCGGCCCUGAGGGCAGCGCCUUCGUGGCCGUGGUGGUGAUGAGCGGCCCCAAGUACAGCGAGCGGCGCAGCAUCAUCCGCAGCACCUGGAUGGCGGCGGCGCGGCAGGCGCCUCGCGGCCACGUCUGGAGCCGCUUCGUGGUGGGCACGGCGGGGCUGAGCGCCGAGGAGCUGCGGAGCCUGGAGCUGGAGCAGAGCCGCCACCGCGACCUGCUGCUGCUGCCGGAGCUGCGCGACUCCUACGAGAACCUCACGGCCAAGGUGCUGGCGACCUACGUGUGGCUGGAUGCGCACCUGGACUUCCAGUUCGCCCUCAAGGCGGACGACGACACCUUCGUGCGCUUGGACGUGCUGGUGGAGGAGCUGAGGGCCAAGGAGCCGCGGCGCCUCUACUGGGGCUUCUUCUCGGGCCGCGGGCGGGUGAAAUCCGGCGGGAAGUGGAAGGAGAGCGCCUGGCUGCUGUGUGAUUAUUACCUGCCCUACGCGCUGGGAGGCGGCUACGUGAUCUCCGCCGACCUGGUGCGCUACCUGCGCCUCAGCAGGGACUACCUGAACCUGUGGCAGAGCGAGGACGUGUCCCUGGGCGUGUGGCUGGCGCCCGUCGACGUGAAGAGAGUGCACGACCCCCGCUUCGACACCGAGUACAAAUCGCGCGGCUGCAGCAACAAAUACAUCGUGACUCACAAGCAGAGCAUCGAGGACAUGCUGGAGAAGCACCAGACGCUGGCCAAGGAAGGGAAGCUCUGUAAGGAGGAGGUGAAACUCAGGCUUUCCUACAUGUACGACUGGGGAGUGCCUCCCUCGCAGUGCUGCCAGAGGAAGGAUGGCAUCCCCUGAAAGCCUCGGGAGGAAGACUCGGGAUGGUGGACUCUGCUUGCUCCUUGCGGGGAGGAUCCCAUUCAAAUGGAAUUCUUGCCUCGGUUUCUCC